UUCCCCACCACACCAACUCCGCUUGAAUCACAGCAACCCCUUCAGUUUAGCGGAUUGAUUUACUUGGAGUAUUGGUAAAUAUGAUCACGUGGGCGGAGGGACCAAUGGCUGAGCCCGGCCGCCUGCAAAAUACUACGAUUGUUCUCCGGGCCAGGCGAUCAUCUACAGUUAACAGAGUAACCUUUUUUGCCUUCCCCCCAUCAUAUGCCCUGCUACGGAGGGAGCCUCCAAAAAAUGUCGACCGGCGGCACCCUCAGUAACUACUAUGUCGAUUCCCUCAUAGGCCACGACAGCGAGGAAGUGUACGGUGGCGGCGUCGGAGGAGCAGGAGCAGCAGGAGGAGGCGUCGGCGGCAUCGGAGGGGCUGCCCGGUUCCUGCAGGGAGGUCACCAUGCGACCCCCAGGCCACCCUCAGGUGUGGUGGCCGAGGGCUCGGAUUUCUCCUCCUGCAGCUUCGCGCCCAAGUCGGCCGUCUUCCCAGCCUCGUGGCCCGCCGUGCACCCUCAGCCUCCUGCGCCCAUGCCCGGCAUUUACCACCCUUACAUGCCCCAGCCGCACUUAGGCGGACCGGGCGAGGGCGGCGGAGGCGGCGGAGGCAGAUACGUGCGCUCCUGGAUUGAGCCCUUCGCCUCUUUCCCCAGCAGCCCCGGCAACGGCGGCGGAGGCAACAGCAACGUCUCCGCCGCUGGUGCCGCGGCUGCUGCAGCAGCGGCGACCAGCAUCGCCUCCAACGGCGCCGGCGGUGGCUCCUCCAGCGCGCGCCACUAUGGGAUCGUCAAGCCGGAGAGCGGGGCAGCAGCCGCCGCCGCCGCCGCCGGUCCGGUGGGGCCCUCUCCUUCCUCCUCCUCCUCUGCCACCAUCUCCUCUUCCUCCUCGUCUUGCAGCUCCGAUUCUCCUUCCAAAAGAACUGAGUGCGCGCCGUCUAGGGAGCCCUCGGGGGUCAAUGGGCCCGAGUACACGUGCAAUUCCUUCCUGGCAGAGCCCCGCGAGAAGGCGACGGCGGCAGCAACAGUGAGCAACGGUUCUUCUCACCCGGUUGCGGCCGCCGUAGCUGCAGCCACCAGCAAUAUCACCAGCAGCAACAGCAGCAGCAGCAGCAGUACCGCCACCCCGGCCAAGCCAGCGUCUGGUUGCAGCCGCAAUGCUAGCCCCAGCAGCGAUCUGAAGGAGGAGAAGCCUCAGCAGCAACUUGACCCAAGAAGAACCGAGGCGUAAUAAAACCAUUGAGAAGGCUAGACGUCUGGACCUAAUGAGUUUACGAUAUGAGAUGGCGCUUUUCUCUCUUUGAGACCAUCUUAUUUUGAUGUUUGCGUUUGUUAGGAUAGAACACCGAUGCAGACAAAACCAGGUCUUAAAAUCCGUACUAUAAAUUUCAAUAUGUCACCCCGGCUGGGCGAGACGGCAGUUUGGACGCCGCUGAAGACUGAAAAGUGGGGAGAUUAAGACCAAUUCGGCUGGGUAUGCCAAUGGACCUGGAAGUAGCCAUAUAUUAGAAAGUCAGGGAUUCUUUUGAAAACAAAAAAACAAAAAAGACGAA